UUGGCGCGUGCCUGUAAUCCCAGUUACAGGCACACGCAGGCUCCUGCAGUAGAAUGGCCUUUACCCCAGAAGGUGGAAGACGCAGCCUGGUGACAGGCUACUCCAGCCUGGUGACAGAGCGACAUUCCAUCCCCUCCUCCCAAAAAAAUCUUUGUCAGAGACAAUCUUUAGAUAAUUUUAAACCUAAUUUAUAAUACAGUUUUGUAUUAGAAUUGGUGGUGGUGGCCAAAAAGGAGAGCCAGAGCCCACGGGGCCUUCUUUUAAGAGAUGAUUGCAGAAAGUAAUACAGCCUUUGAAAUAGAAGGUCAAUACACACAGCCUUAUGGUUCAGAGAACUGGAAAAAUUCUUGCAAGUCUUAAAGAAAAAAUUCUUGGUAGUAUAUUCCUGAUAAAAAUUACUGUGAAAUUAUUGUAACUCUUUAUGUCUAUCACAUAGAGAAGGAAGUUCUCUUCUUCUUGGAGAUUAGAUACCAUUCCUUUACUCAUCCUUGAUUCACAGCCCAUUGGGAAAGGCCACUCUCUCCUUAGCUUGCUCUCGCCACUGUACUAGGGAUAAACCUCAUCUCCCAUUCCUCUUGGACAUGUAUACCAUAUACAGAUGUUUACUAGCAUAUUUAUAAUAUUAGGCUUGAUAGUACCUAUAGUUGUGAAUAAUAAUCAUUUAUAGUUUUAAAUUAGGCCUUUAUUUAUAUUUCUAUUAUAAAGGACACUUUGUUCAUUUAAACAAGGUAAUGAUCAUAGUUAUCACACAGAAAAGGUUGAAUGUGUUUGGAACCCCUGUGGUAAAAUGCAAGGCAAGGUAUUUUAUUUACUUAUAUGACUGUUUCUGAUGGUGUAUCUGCUAAAAUAAAUAACCUGGAUAUUUAAAGGAUGGUAACAAAAGAAUUUGCUCAUUUUACUUUCCCUAUACAAGCAGAUUAUUUUUUAACUUGGAAAAUAUGCAUACCUGACAGCGAUUGUUUACUGGUGUGAAGAUUUAAAUUCAGGUUGCCAACAUUAUGUGACGUAUAGCAAAACUUUUACCUUCCUAUUCUGAUAGAUACUAAUGGGAUGGGAUAAACAGUGUUUCCAGAUAUCUGUGUUACAGCGUGGCCCAUUUAAAUUUGGUCUCAUUCUAAGAUAUAUUAGGUUAAUAAGUCUGAUUUUAUGACCAAUAUAAUUUAUAUUCACAAAUACCUAUUUUUAUUAACACAGUUAUAGGUUGUAAGCAAAUUUCCAUAUAUGUUAAAUACUAACAACAAGAAUAACUAACAUUUGUAUAGUGAGUUACAGUUUAUAACCAUACAUUAUCUACAAGCUGUUCUUUAGAAUAAUAUUUAUUGCACUUUCUUCCUUAAGAAGGCAAUCGGUUUUUACAUUGUAAACAUUAUUUGAAAAUAGAUCCUUUUGUCAGAGUUCCCUCCCUUCCUUCCUCUUUCUUUCCUGUUUCUUGCUUUUUUAAAAUCCAUUCUUCCUUUUUUCUUCUUUCUUCCUUUAAUGGGGAAAAAACCCUAAUGACUGUUUUUGGUGGAGCAUGUAUAAUUGCUUAUCAUACAUUUCUAUGAAAGAAGUAGACGUGGCAAGCAAUCCCACAUGAUUUUUGGAAUAUAUCUUCUGCUCACCAGUGUUCUUGAGGAAAAUGUAAGGUUGCAGAAAUCAUUUCAUGCCCUGUAUGUUUUCAAACAUAAAUCAGGAAAAUUGUUAGCGAGUUAUAGCUUUUCUUAGAGACUGUAGCUAUAGUACUAUAGUAAACACGGGCUAUAUAUUUCUCCAAGUUAUUAUGUGUGGAGAGAAAUCUGAAGUUGGCUAUUUAGAUGAACAGUUUAAUUCAGUUAUUAGAAAUUCAUUUUCUAUUUAGUAUGAACAUUUAUUUUCCUAAGGUUGCAGAAUUGGGAUAUAAUACUUGAUAACCCUUUGGCCCAAUCACCUUUAAAGUUAGAACUGUGUUCUUUGUAGCUAAUGUGCAUACUAGUGGAUGUCAGUCCUCAGCUAAAGGUCACUCAAAAUGGUGCUAAGCUGGGUUUGUAGUAUGAGCUAGUUACCCAUUUCUUCAGAGGGCAGUAGUGAACCUUUGUUUCUUCAUUUCUAAAAUGAAGGGGUUUGACUCAAUAGUCUCCAACUUCCUUCACCCAUGUGUUUCUGAGUUUAGUGAAUGAGUGAUAAUGAAUCAGUCAAUUAAUCAUAUGACAAUUAUUUCCAUUCUAUAAACUGAUUAUUUUCUUAAUUGUGGUCUUAUGCCAUGACUAGAAAUAUUAGUAUAUAGAGUAGUAAAUAGAGCUCAGUAUCUGUGGUUUGGAAUGAAAGCCUCAUGAAAUUUAGUCUGGUUUGCAUUAAAAUUUUUUCAUUGUAAAUUAAUUAUUAGAUAUUUAAAACACCUUUUUUUUUCUUUUUUUUUGGUCCUACAGAAAAUAGUAUUAAAUGCUGAUUACUUUCCUAGACUAGACCAUAAAAGCCAAUUGUUACUUAUUGGAGUGAAUAGUAUAUUAUCAGUGAUGAAUAAAAUGUAAAGAACAUUUUAUUAUGAUACAAGUGAUAAACAUAAUACAAAGGCAGUAAAACAGAAUGAUAGUUUAUCAUUUAUCUAGACUUGGGAUGAUCGAUGUUUAAAGAGAAUGGACAUAGAAGAGGAAGUUUAAAAGAGACAGAAACAAUUCCAGAGUAUCUGAAAGGGAUUCUUAGAAACUUUCAGGACUUUUUGAGACUGGUUGCAAAGUAUAUGGCUUUUCUUUGCCUGAUAUACUGAAAUAUUAUCAGUACUUCUAAGUUUAUCACUUGUGAUAAGAUGUGGCUUUUGACACCUAAAUUCAUUGAACAGUGGGAGUGAGGAAAAAUAGAGAUAGAAAAAAGCUAUUCUCUGAAGUAGUUGGCCAAGAUGUGAGAGAAUAAAAAAUGGAAGCGAUUGCAUAUAGAAGAGGGUGAGGUGUGUGGUGGGGGCAGAUGGGUAUGUGGAGGGGCGAAUAAGGACAGGGAAUAGCUUUGUCUGUAUUUAUCUGAGCUGCAGGAUGUGAUGCCAAAAGGAAAAAGAGGUAAACUAGUGUGUGCACAUAUCCCCUGGAGGGAAAGGACAGUGUGUUAUGAGAAAAGACUUUGGAAUUAGAGCUCUCAUUUCAAAAUCUCUACUGGAUCACUUAUUGCCUAAAUGAUUUUGAGAAAUUAUUUAAUUCUUUGAACCUUUAUAAAACUGUGAAUAAUAGAAGUGUCUGCUUCUCAAGAUGGAUGUAAGAGUUGAGUCAGACACUUGGGUAUAAAAGUGCUUGUCAACUGUAAAGUUACUUGAUUUUAGGUGGUGAAGAAGAGUCACUGGGUCCACCAGUUCUCUGUGCUGACCAGAUCUGGCCAUACUGACGUGAAUUUGUUGGGCUCCAGAGUGGUCUUUGGUUGGUACAUUUCUUGUCCACUGUGGAACAAGCACUGUGGUUGGUGCUUCACACAUUACUUCAGGGAGGAAGCAGGAAGUAGUUGCAGGGCAGCUGGACAUCAAGAUGGUAGCAAGCCUAAUAAUUCUAACAUGUGCAGUGCCAGUACUUGAGCAUAUUUACUUUCCCUUACAUAUGGCCACAGAUUGUCUAAACAAACAAGUGACUGACUUUGGAAGCAAAAACAAUAUAUUCAGUUAUUGUGUUCUUUAUCUCAAAUAUCGCCUGUCAUUUGCGCUUUUGCCAUGACAUUGCUAUUAAUCUAAAUUUCCUGGAUUUUCGUUAAGGCUGAAGUAAUCAUUGUUUGGCAGUAAAGAUUUAUAAAUAGUAUUACAAAUUCUAUUUUUAAAGAUGCCCAGGGUAUAAUAUUAGAACUAAGGCACAUAAUAAGUGCUGGGUGCAGUGGCUCACACCUGUAAUCCCAGCUACUUGGGAGGCUGAGGCUUGAUGAUCGUUUGAGGCCCGGAGUUGGGAUCUGCCUGGGCAACAUAGCAAGGCCCCAACUCCAAAAAAUACCAACCAAACAAACAAAAAGCACUAAUUUCUGUAAUACAUUAGUUGAAAUCUAAGUUCUAGAUACUAUACAGAUCCCUUUUAAUAAUAUUUUUAUGUGUGAUUCACUGAUAAAAGUCUAAUUAAUUCUUCCAUCAGAAAUGGGCUACAUUUUAAUGCGUAAAAUGAAGUAGAUCAACAAUUAUUUAAGAAAUUCGAGCUGUUUGUACAAAUAUGUAUGUAUAAAAAUCAGACUCUACCCAAGAUUGCUGUAUUUACAAGAUAAUGAUCAACAGAACUCUUCAGUGUGUGAACUGUUAAACCUAGAAACUGGAGUGGACCCAGAAAUCAAGAGAUGUCUCGGGGUCAGGCUUGAAUUAAAAAGUAAAUAUUUAAUCACUCUUACCAAAAUUCAUUAGGGUUUCAAUGUACAGGAUACGUGCUAAACAAACAAAACAAUCUUCAGAGAGUUUAAUUAUGAGUCAGUGUUAAGAACUUUGACAUGCAUAUAAUUAUUUGGAAGUAAUGACAUAGACAGCAUGAGCACUCGAAGGCCACAUAUAACCGCCAAACCAUCCUUUAUUGAAGGGUUCCAGAUUUCUGUGAGGGUGAUUUUGGGUAGUAAAAUUGACCCAACUUGAGUUUUUUUUCAAUUUAGAAAAAUUUAUUGAACAGAUAAUAUCUUUAGCAUCAUACUAGGUCUGUUUGAGAAUAAAAAGUAAUUUUAAGAUACAUUGCUUCUCUUUAAGGGAUUUAUGCUACCUGCAGGGAAGUGCAUUAUUUAUCUAUGUGACACUGUGAAAAUAACAAGUAUAAUAUCAAAUAAUGCAAAAUACGAAUCCAAUGUGGUCAAUUCAUAUAUAUACCUUAAAGAGUACUUGACAGAAUCAGAGAGCUUGGAUUGGUGUUUAGGCUGCAAUUUACUAGCUGUGUGACCCUCACCUCUUCAAGCCAAAAUUUUCCUAUUUGUAAAGUGGGUAUAGCUUCAUCUGUCUCCUAGGACUGUUGGAAGGAUCAAAUGAGACAGAGCAUUUAAAGUGUGUUAAUGCCUUAUGACAGGGACUGCACAAAUUCUGGGAGGGAAGGAGGAAAUACGUAACACUUGUGGAACUGCACUUGAGGGUAGAGACCGUGUCUUAAUUGACUUUGUGUCCCCAGAGUCUGGCACUGUUCCUGGCUCUGAGAGGAGGCUCAGUAAAUGUUUGUAAACGCAUGCAUGCCAGGCACUGUGGUAAGCCCUUGACGUGUUAUUCUUUAAAACUUCACAAAAAGUUUUGUAUAGUAGAUAUAUUGUCUCCAUUUCACAGAUGAGGAAACAGAAGUUCAGAGAUUUUUAAGCAACCUCCAACCUCAUGUAGGUAGAAUGUGGUAGACAUAGGAAGUUAACUUGGCACAAGAGUUCACACUCUAUUCGUUACAUGAUGUGGACUCUCAGAUGUAAGGGAUUUGUCAUUAUUCCUGAACAAUAGUGUCGCCAAAAUGAAAAGCAAAGACCUUGGAUAAUUCACCAGAUGCCCAGGCAGCUCCUGGGCUGGCUUUCAGAUAAGUAGGGGAACAUUCUCCUGAGCUGCCUGACACAUUUAACGUGGCCUUUUGUUGAACUGUCAGUUCUGACUUCUACCCUUUGAAGUAAAAAGCACAAUAGUGAAAAAUACCAUAUAAUAUACCAUAACCUGGACUUGUCAUAGGGACAGAAUAGAAAGGAAGGGCAGUGAGGAACUCGCAGUUAAUGAAGUGGUUAACCAAUGACUUGGAUUAAGUUUGUUACUGUCACUAGCAGCCGCCCCUAUCUUCUGUCUCUGUCUCUCUCUCUCUCUCUGUCUCUUACUCUGUCUUAACUUUCACUGCUAGAGUUGGCGAGGUCUAGAAUUUUCACUCUCUUCCAUGUUAAGGAUGAUACUGAACAGUGGAAAAUGUCAUGUUCUUCAUUGCUUGUCUGUUCCUAGCAUCCCUAUAGCCUCACUGCAAUAGUUGGCUCUGUUGGCGUGAAGUUUUGCAGCCAUCCCCAGUUUCUAAUGAACAAUACUAAAAUGGCCCCUGGCAACGCGGUAGUGUUAAAAUUCCAGCCUCUGCAUCAGGAGACAGAAUGCAGAAGUUGAUACCAGACUACCCAAUCUUACAUGAUUUUGUCCUCAGUUUAUUUCUGAGGAACAACAGAGGAGCCUUAGAUACAAAGGUUUCUGUAAGAAGCAGAGGGAAAUACAUUUUAAAAAAACCCUGAUUCAUGUUAAAGCUUCUGUUAAAAUAUAGUACACAGUAGGUCAGGACAGCAGAGACAGGAACUACGUAGAAGUCCCGAGAAUACCUUACGCUGUGUCAGAAUCCAGCCGGUUACAGUGUGUGGUUUCCCGGGGACUGCGCUAACAUACCUGAGAUGAAACCUGGUGGGGAGAUACUUUCCACAUUCCUUUCUGACCUGUGGUGAGUCUGCUGGGGUGAAUUGUGUGAAGUUGUCAAAGGUUGCUCAGCUCUCCAGCACUUGGCACCGGCUCUGCUGAAAUGUGAUGCCAUUGGUUUUCAGUAAAGGUUCCUUUCUGCAGGGCUGCAAACACAGAUCAGCUGCUACUGUGUAUACACAACCAGAGAGCAAAUCAACCAGCACAUUUAAAGCAGCCUUUUUAACCCUGAGACUUUCCAAGAUCUCCUCUUCACACAGGAAGUUUCCUUCUCUGUUGUCAGAUUUAGCACUGUGCUCUUGUCAUCAGAUCCGAGCUAGGCUCCCUGCUGCACAGUAGAGAGGCUUCCUUAAGACAUUUGUCCUUGAAACUGCACCAAACUCUUGGAAGAACCCAGAACGUAGCUGACAAUUUACUGGUUCAUCAAUGAAACAAUAUUAAAUUAUGAAGAUGUAAGGAAAAAAUCCUACGCUAACAUUGUCGCAGUUUGAAAGGCUUCUCUGCAGAAUGUCAAACAAAGAUCGACACAUUGAUUCUAGCUGUUCGUCCUUCAUCAAGACGGAACCUUCCAGCCCGGCCUCCCUGACGGACAGCGUCAACCACCACAGCCCUGGUGGCUCAUCAGACGCCAGUGGGAGCUACAGUUCAACCAUGAAUGGCCAUCAGAACGGACUUGACUCGCCACCUCUCUACCCUUCUGCUCCUAUCCUGGGAGGUAGUGGGCCUGUCAGGAAACUGUAUGAUGACUGCUCCAGCACCAUUGUGGAAGAUCCCCAGACCAAGUGUGAAUACAUGCUCAACUCGAUGCCCAAGAGACUGUGUUUAGUGUGUGGUGACAUCGCUUCUGGGUACCACUAUGGGGUAGCUUCAUGUGAAGCCUGCAAGGCAUUCUUCAAGAGGACAAUUCAAGGCAAUAUAGAAUACAGCUGCCCUGCCACGAAUGAAUGUGAAAUCACAAAGCGCAGACGUAAAUCCUGCCAGGCUUGCCGCUUCAUGAAGUGUUUAAAAGUGGGCAUGCUGAAAGAAGGGGUGCGUCUUGACAGAGUACGCGGAGGUCGGCAGAAGUACAAGCGCAGAAUAGAUGCGGAGAACAGCCCAUACCUGAACCCUCAGCUGGUUCAGCCAGCCAAAAAGCCAUAUAACAAGAUUGUCUCACAUUUGUUGGUGGCUGAACCGGAGAAGAUCUAUGCCAUGCCUGACCCGACUGUCCCCGACAGUGACAUUAAAGCCCUCACUACACUGUGUGACUUGGCGGACCGCGAGUUGGUGGUUAUCAUUGGAUGGGCAAAGCAUAUUCCAGGCUUCUCCACGCUGUCCCUGGCGGACCAGAUGAGCCUUCUGCAGAGUGCUUGGAUGGAAAUUUUGAUCCUUGGUGUCGUAUACCGAUCUCUUUCCUUUGAGGAUGAACUUGUCUAUGCAGACGAUUAUAUAAUGGAUGAAGACCAGUCCAAAUUAGCAGGCCUUCUUGAUCUAAAUAAUGCUAUCCUGCAGCUGGUAAAGAAAUACAAGAGCAUGAAGCUGGAGAAAGAAGAAUUUGUCACCCUCAAAGCUAUAGCUCUUGCUAAUUCAGACUCCAUGCACAUAGAAGAUGUUGAAGCCGUUCAAAAACUUCAGGAUGUCUUACAUGAGGCGCUACAGGAUUAUGAAGCUGGCCAGCACAUGGAAGACCCUCGUCGAGCUGGCAAGAUGCUGAUGACACUGCCACUCCUGAGGCAGACCUCUACCAAGGCCGUGCAGCAUUUCUACAACAUCAAACUAGAAGGCAAAGUCCCCAUGCACAAACUUUUUUUGGAAAUGCUGGAGGCCAAGGUCUGACUAAAAGCUCCCUGGGCCUUCCCAUCCUGCACGUUGAAAAAGGGAAAAUAAACCCAAGAGUGAUGUCGAAGAAACUUAGAGUUUAGUUAACAACAUCAAAAAUCAACAGACUGCACUGAUAAUUUAGCAGCAAGACUAUGAAGCAGCUUUCAGAUUCCUCCGUAGCUUCCUGAUGAGUUUCUUUCUACUUUCCUCUAUCAUCUUCUUUUCUCUUUCUUCCCACAUUUCUCUUACUCUUUGUUCUUUCUCUUUCUUCUUUCCCCCUCCAUUAUUUCUUGGCUUCUUUCAUUCCUAGUUCCCCUCUCCUUUAUUUUCUUUUCAUCCACCUGCCUGCCUUCUUUCUUUUCUUUGCCUACUCUCUUCCCUCUUUCCUCAUCCUCCCCUUUUGUUCUAAAUUUUAAAUAGCUUUAGUUGUAAAAAAAAAAUAAUUUCCUCCUUCCCUUUCCUUUCCCCUUUCUUUUCCUUUCUUCCUGAUCUUCUUUCUAUUCUUUCUUUUUCUUCCUUCUGCUGCUGAACUUUUAAAAGAGGUCUCUAACUGAAGAGAGAUGGAAGCCAGCCCUGCCAAAGGAUGGAGAUCCAUAAUAUGGAUGCCAGUGAACUUAUUGUGAACCAUACCGUCCCCAAUGACUAAGGAAUCAAAGAAAGAGAACCAACGUACCUAAAAGUACAGUGCAACAUACACGAAUGGACUGAGUGCAGUAUUAGAUUUCAUGUGAGCAGCCUCUAAUUAGACAACUUAAGCAAGGUUGCAUCGGCUGCUUCUUAUCAUUGCUUUUCCAUCUAGAUCAGUUACAGCCAUUUGAUUCCUUAAUUGUUUUUUCAAGUCUUCCAGGUAUUUGUUAGUUUAGCUACUAUGUAACUUUUUCAGGGAAUAGUUUAAGCUUUAUUCAUUCAUGCAAUACUAAAGAGAAAUAAGAAUACUGCAAUUUUGUGCUGGCUUUGAACAAUUAUGAACAAUAAUGAAGGACAAAUGAAUCCUGAAGGAAGAUUUUUAAAAAUGUUUUGUUUCUUCUUACAAAUGGAGAUUUUUUUGUACCAGCUUUACCACUUUUCAGCCAUUUAUUAAUAUGGGAAUUUAACUUACUCAAGCAAUAGUUGAAGGGAAGGUGCAUAUUAUCACGGAUGCAAUUUAUGUUGUGUGCCAGUCUGGUCCCAAACAUCAAUUUCUUAACAUGAGCUCCAGUUUACCUAAACGUUCACUGACACAAAGGAUUAGAUUACACCUACAGUGACUCUGAGUAGUCACAUAUAUAAACACUGCACAUGGGAUAUAGAUCCGUAGAAUUAUCAGGAGUGCACCUCUCUAUUUGGGAGGUACAGUUGCCAUAUGAUUUCUAGCUGCCACGGUGGUUAGGAAUGAGAUACUGCCUGUUUGCAAAGUUACAGACCUUGUCUCAGAAGGAGCUGUGAGCCAGUAUUCAUUUAAGAGGCAAUAAGGCAAAUGCCAGAAUUAAAAAAAAAAAAAAAUCAUCAAAGACAGCAAAUGCCUGACCAAAUUCUAAAAUCUAAUCCAUAUAAGUUUAUUCAUUUAGGAAUGUUUGUUUAAAUUAAUCUGCAGUUUUUACCAAGAGCUAAGCCAAUAUAUGUGCUUUUCAACCAGUAUUGUCACAGCAUGAAAGUCAGUCAGGUUCCAGACUGUUAAGAGGUGUAAUCUAAUGAAGAAAUCAAUUAGAUGCCCCGAAAUCUACAGUCGCUGAAUAACCAAUAAACAGUAACCUCCAUCAAAUGCUAUACCAAUGGACCAGUGUUAGUAGCUGCUCCCUGUACUAUGUGAACAGUCUUAUUCUAUGUACACAGAUGUAAUUAAAAUUGUAAUCCUAACAAACAAAAGAAAUGUAGUUCAGCUUUUCAAUGUUUCAUGUUUGCUGUGCUUUUCUGAAUUUUAUGUUGCAUUCAAAGACUGUUGUCUUGUUCUUGUGGUGUUUGGAUUCUUGUGGUGUGUGCUUUUAGACACAGGGUAGAAUUAGAGACAAUAUUGGAUGUACAAUUCCUCAGGAGACUACAGUAGUAUAUUCUAUUCCUUACCAGUAAUAAGGUUCUUCCUAAUAAUAAUUAAGAGAUUGAAACUCCAAACAAGUAUUCAUUAUGAACAGAUACACAUCAAAAUCAUAAUAUUUUCAAAACAAGGAAUAAUUUCUCUAAUGGUUUAUUAUAGAAUACCAAUGUAUAGCUUAGAAAUAAAACUUUGAAUAUUUCAAGAAUAUAGAUAAGUCUAAUUUUUAAAUGCUGUAUAUAUGGCUUUCACUCAAUCAUCUCUCAGAUGUUGUUAUUAACUCGCUCUGUGUUGUUGCAAAACUUUUUGGUGCAGAUUCGUUUCCAAAACUAUUGCUACUUUGUGUGCUUUAAACAAAAUACCUUGGGUUGAUGAAACAUCAACCCAGUGCUAGGAAUACUGUGUAUCUAUCAUUAGCUAUAUGGGACUAUAUUGUAGAUUGUGGUUUCUCAGUAGAGAAGUGACUGUAGUGUGAUUCUAGAUAAAUCAUCAUUAGCAAUUCAUUCAGAUGGUCAAUAACUUGAAAUUUAUAGCUGUGAUAGGAGUUCAGAAAUUGGCACAUCCCUUUAAAAAUAACAACAGAAAAUACAACUCCUGGGAAAAAAGGUGCUGAUUCUAUAAGAUUAUUUAUAUAUGUAAGUGUUUAAAAAGAUUAUUUUCCAGAAAGUUUGUGCAGGGUUUAAGUUGCUACUAUUCAACUACACUAUAUAUAAAUAAAAUAUAUACAAUAUAUACAUUAUUUUCACUGUAUCACAUUAAAGUACUUGGGCUUCAGAAGUCAGAGCCAACCAACUGAAAACAUGAGAUGGAGAUGUGUUCAAAAAACGAGAUACAAUUUUUUAAGUUUUCAGUUUAAUAACUCUCAGCAUUGCAAAAGACUAAGUAUCUCACAAAUAGGAAAUAAAACUAAAACGUAGAUUUAAAAGAACUGCACGGGCUUUAGGGUAAAUGCUCAUCUUAAACCUCACUAGAGAGAAGUCUUUUCAAGUUUCAAGCAAGACCAUUUACUUAAUGUGACGUUUUGGAAAGUUAUAAAGGUGUAUGUUUUAGCCAUAUGAUUUUAAUUUUAAUUUUGCUUCUUUUAGGUUCGUUCUUAUUUAAAGCAAUAUGAUUGUGUGACUCCUUGUAGUUACACUUGUGUUUCAAUCAGAUCAGAUUGUUGUAUUUAUUCCACUAUUUUGCAUUUAAAUGAUAACAUAAAAGAUAUAAAAAAUUUAAAACUGCUAUUUUUCUUAUAGAAGAGAAAAUGGGUGUUGGUGAUUGUAUUUUAAUUAUUUAAGCGUCUCUGUUUACCUGCCUAGGAAAACAUUUUAUGGCAGUCUUAUGUGCAAAGAUCGUAAAAGGACAAAAAAUUUAAACUGCUUAUAAUAAUCCAGGAGUUGCAUUAUAGCCAGUAGUAAAAAUAAUAAUAAUAAAACCAUGUCUAUAGCUGUAGAUGGGCUUCACAUCUGUAAAGCAAUCAAUUGUAUAUUUUUGUGAUGUGUACCAUACUGUGUGCUCCAGCAAAUGUCCAUUUGUGUAAAUGUAUUUAUUUUAUAUUGUAUAUAUUGUUAAAUGCAAAAAGGAGAUAUGAUUCUGUAACUCCAAUCAGUUCAGAUGUGUAACUCAAAUUAUUAUGCCUUUCAGGAUGAUGGUAGAGCAAUAUUAAACAAGCUUCCACUUUUGACUGCU